UCCCGUGCGGGCCCUUGUGGUAGCUGCUGGGGCAGGUGGGCAGGAAGGAGGGCUCCGUGGGCCCACUGCGUGUGCACCUGCUGUGAGCCUGGCAGGGCGUCAACCCUCAGCUUCUCUCUCCUUUCUCCCUGUCCCCCUCCUCCCUCAACCUUCCCCUCCCAAUCCGGCCCUGCCUCCGAUCCCGGCUCUGGCUCCCACUCACCCUGGCUGGGGGUCUGCAGUUGUGAAGAGUUAAGGGGCAGAGCGAAACUCCUUCCUGAACCUCUUGCGGGCCUUCCCAGGCCUCUGGUGACCACUAUGGCUCGGUGCCCAGGGAGGACUUGUGUGGCCAGAGGUCCCAAGUGAGCCAGGAAGAGGCUGGAGAGAAGGAAGCCAGGCGGGCCUGGGCUUUGGGAUAGCUUUGGGUGCAGUCGCUCAGAAUCAGCCAUUAGGGGGCUCCCAGCUGUACCUCGCCUUUCGGGCUCCACCCUGAGAGAGGCUGGGUUAGUGCCCGGGACCCUGGUUGCUGGCUUGCCUGGGCAGCCUUGGUUCAGGCCUGUUGGCCUGACGUGCAGCCGCCACCAUUUUACUCUGAGAAGCGUCCCUGUUGGGGACACUCUAAGGCCUUCCGCUCAUAGUUGUGAUCCUCGCGGUGAAUGGAGUCUCCAGGAGGGAAGGUCCUUCCAGGGCCUCAGAUCCUAUGGCUGGUGUCACUCCUCUGCUAAAAAGCAGGGGAGGGUGACCUGUCAGCAGCAGGGUAGAUGUGGGUUCCCAGCGGCACCCCAGGCCAGCGCUCCCCCUCAUCCACACGAUGGGAUUGUGAAGGCGGACAUUUCUGGGGCCUCCUGAGCAGCUUGCGCUCCGGAUGAUGGGUGACGACAGCCUCUCUGAACACCCCAAACCCAUGGAGUUUCUCAGCCUCUCCUUGGGAGACGACCUGCGGCCGUGCCCAGGAGCAGACCUGAGGGAGACGUGCGGCCAUCCUGACCCUCCCGAACCUUGUGCGGAACAGAGCUGGUCCUCUGAGCCUCCAGAUUCCACGAAGCCAGAUGCUCCUCCCGGGGCCUCCGGCGCAGAGCCUGUGCACCUGGGGAGCGGCUCUUCCCCGGGGGGGCCUAGGCACAAGGCCGCACCCCCCGGGCCACCCAGGAGCAGCCAUCCUCUGGGGAGCCCCAGGCAGAGCCAGAGCACGUCCACCCAGGUGAUGUUCUGGGCGGGCAUCCUGCAGGCCCAGAUGUGCGUCCUGGACCUGGAGGAGGAGCUGGAGAAGACAGAAGGGCUCAGGGCUGAGCUGAGGUGCUGCAUCCCCACGGCCCCUGUGGAGCUCCCCACCUUCCCCUCCAGCCCCGCAGGCCCCCGGGGCUCGGGCCUCCACCCCAGCUUGCCCACGGAGGAGGCCUCUGGGAGAGACAGCAGUGGGCCUGAGGGGGAGAAUCCGAAGCCCGUGUGGCCGAGGGAGGAAAGGCCGGACUCUUCCCCGGAGUGGGGUGCCGAGGAGGAGAGCGUCUUCUUCGACAACCCCCUCUUUUUGGAGAGCCCUUGCUCGGACACCAGUGCUUCUGGAGCUGGCUUUUCCUGGGGGUUCUCAGACUCUCGCACAGAUGGGAGACCCGGGCCCCAGUAUCCCCAGACCCUGGAGCCCCCGCUCCCAGAAGGCGGAGUGCUAUGGGAGCUGGGCAGUGAGCCAGAUCUGGGGGUUGGCACGGCUGAUCGCAGCGGACACACCACACCUCCAUUCCCUGUGCCCACCUACAAACCUCACUUCUUCUCGUGGGCCGUGGCUGACACCACCGAGGGGACCCCUGAAGCACCUUCUGGCUGCAGGGAGAGUGAGACUUCUCUGGGAAACAGCUGUGACCCCACCGCGUCUGCAGCAUCCUGUGUGGAUAAAGCCUGGGACGCAGGACCUAGCCCCGCCAUACAUCCUGCGUUACCUUGGGCCCUGCCCAGCCCUGAAGGCUGGCAGACAGAAGAGGGUCCUUCCUGGCCCCGGGGGCCUCUUCUCUCCCAGGACAGAGGUGACAGUGAUGCUGAGUGUCCCCAGGAAUCUGCUCCCUGCACCUUGGCUCCUGGCUCCCCAGGGAGCCCAGCGUCUUCACCGGAACCUAGCAGCCCUGAGUCUGAGAGCAGAGGCCCUGGCCCCAGGCCCAGCCCUGUGUCCUCCCAGGAAGGCAGCCCGCGGCUCUGGGGCCCCCUCCAGGGCAGCAGUUUUCCCGAGUGGACACUAGAUGCUUCACGCCCUUCACUCCCGGAGACAGAUGGGGCAAAGCCAAGUUUCCUGGAGAAAGAGGAGGCCAGAGACGCUCCAAACCCAGGGAAGGAAGUAAAGAGUGAAGGCCCAGCCAGGACUCCAGAGGCUGGAGCUGUCGUCCAGCCUGGUCCUCACUUGACUUCUACAGAAGGGCUUCCUGAGAGCCCCAUGCCCCAAGCACAGUCCCCAGAGGAAGGCCAAAGGCCACAGGCUGGAGACAAGCUGGCGAAUGGUGUCAGGACCGACAAGGUGGCCUGGAACUUGGCCUCUCGCCUCUAUCACCUGGAAGGCUUCCGGAAGUCUGAAGUGGCUGCCUACCUACAGAAGAACAAUGACUUCAGCAGGGCUGUGGCUGAGGAGUACUUGUCCUUCUUCCAGUUUGGAGGCCAGAGCCUGGACCGCGCCCUCCGGGUCUUCCUGCAGGCCCUGGUGCUCAGUGGGGAGACUCAGGAGCGGGAGCGAAUCCUCUACCAGUUCUCCAAACGCUUCCAUUACUGCAAUCCUGGGGUCUUCUCCUCUGCAGAUUCUGUACACACCUUGACCUGUGCCAUCAUGCUCCUUAACACGGACCUGCAUGGACAGAACAUUGGGAAGAGCAUGACUUGCCAAGAAUUCAUAACCAACCUGAACGGCCUGUGUGACGGCGGGAACUUCCCCAAGGAGCUGCUGAAGGCCUUCUACUGGUCUAUCCGAAGUGAGAAGCUUGAAUGGGCUGUGGAUGAAGAAGACGCAGCCGGACCAGAGAAGGCCCAGCUGUCUCCCGCUGCGGGCAAGAUGAAUAAGCCCUUCCUGCAGUUGGCCCAGAACCCCAUGGCACCCACCUACAAGCAGGGCAUUCUGGCCCGGAAGAUGCAUCAUGAUGCAGAUGGCAAGAAGACACCGUGGGGCAAGCGCGGCUGGAAGAUGUUCCACACCUUGCUUCGGGGGAUGGUUCUCUACUUCCUGAAGGUAGGAACGGGGUGCACACCCCUGAUGGGCAGGGUGGGGGAACAGGGAAAGGCCCAGGAUGGUUCGGAGGGUGGACAACAGAUGAUAACCUCUUUUCUGGGCCCCUGGGCCCCGUGGCAGGGAGAGGACCACUGCCCUGCAGAGGAGAGUUUGGUGGGGCAGAUGGUGGACGAGCCCGUGGGGGUGCACCACUCGCUGGCCACCCCGGCCAUCCAUUACACCAAGAAGCCACACGUCUUCCAGCUGCGGACUGCCGACUGGAGGCUCUACCUCUUCCAGGCACCCACUGCUAAGGAGAUGAGUUCCUGGAUCGCGCGCAUCAACCUGGCCGCUGCCACGCACUCGGCGCCGCCCUUCCCCGCAGCGGUGGGCUCCCAGCGCAGAUUCGUCAGGCCCAUCCUGCCUGUGGGCCCCGCGCAGAGCUCCCUGGAGGAGCAGCAUCGAUCCCACGAGAACUGCCUGGACGCUGCCUCCGAUGACCUGCUGGAUCUGCAGAGGAACUUACCGGAGCGGCGCGGCCGCAGCCGAGAGUUGGAAGAGUACCGCUUGCGGAAGGAGUACCUGGAGUAUGAGAAAACCCGCUACGAGACGUACGUGCAGCUGCUGGUGGCCCGUCUUCACUACCCCUCGGAUGACCUGGACCUGUGGGAAGAGCAGCUGGGGAGGGAAGCUGGAGGCACUCAGGAGCCCAAGCCCAGCCUGAAGAAAUCCCACUCGAGCCCGUCCCUGCACCAGGACGAGGCCCCCACCACGGCCAAGGUGAAGCGCAACAUCUCAGAGCGCAGAACUUACCGGAAGAUCAUCCCCAAGAGGAACCGCAAUCAGCUGUGAAGCUGAUGCCACCUCCCAGACUCUGGCCCCUGCUCAGGGUGGACCUGAGACCCCACGGAGGAGGCUUGUUUCAGUGGGUCCGUGGUGGGGGACGAGGCCUACCCCUUUCCCACGGAAGGACAACCCCCGUUCCCCUGUGGUCCUCGCUCCCUCCUGCAUUCACUGGAGCUUUCCCAAACUGCUGUGCCCACCCCCACGGCAGCCCCCAGCUGCCCUGGUCCCCAGUCACUUCCGAGGGAGGAGGGAGGUCCGGGGUUUGGCUGCACUCCCGUGUCACUCUCUACCCUUCCACAAUCCAGAGUGGCCACAUUUCUUGGGCCUGGGGGCAGCUUAGCACUCAUUUGAGCAUUGGAGUACCCCUGGGCUUCCAGAGAGAAGCUGGGGCAGAGGAAGCCUCUGGGCAGUCAAGUUAGGGGAGCCAUAGUCCUGAGGAAGAUCUUGCUCUGGGGAUCAGGUGACCUGCUGUGAGAGGUCCUGGGAGAACCCAGCCAGCCCCCGGUGACAGAGGGUAGGGUUGCUCAGUGCCACCCCCUGACAGGUAGGCUUUUCGGGCAGGGACUCAGCUCAGUGAGGCUGACUCUGGGACCCUGGGCCUUUGUCUCCUACCGCCCCGGUAAGCAUCCGUGCACCAGGGGCAAAUGAGACAGGCCCACGUCACACACCCCAUUGCUAAUCAUCGGAGCAGAGCCAAUGGUGGGCAGUGAGGGCCAGAAGGGGUUGGGGCCUCCAGAGCUCUGUGGAGAGGCCUGGGAACAAGGGGCCUUUGUUUCCCCAGAGUAGGGAAGGAGGUUCUCCAGGUUGGGACCUGAGAGACGCUGAGGGGCAAGAGGUGGUGUUGUACCCCUUGGGGGCUCUCUCGGAAGGAGCUUGUCUGAGGGCUGUGAGGGCCAGUGGAAGCCUGGCUCCCUCCCACACACCCCAUUCCUUGCAUUUCAUUCCCGAGGAGGGGCCCCAGGGUCCCUUCUGGGCCCCUGCACCCUCUGCCCCCCUGCCAGCUCACAGGGGGCUUUGCUGCCCUCCCUGGGAAGUCCCCUUGUGCUGCCCUCUGGCUGCCUCCCAGCUGGGCUCUGGGGGAGGUUCCGGACACUCAGGGACCUCGGGCUCUGCCUGCGGGAAGGAGGCUGGGCUGGAGGAGCGGGCCACCAUUGUCUCUGUUCAGCCAAGUGUGCGAGCAGGCCGCCGGCCAAGAGGGGCCUCUGCUGCCUGUCUGCCGCCUGCUGGCUGACGCGCUGCCUCUCCAGCCUUCCCGACGGGGGGGGGGCCCCCUCCUCCCGUCCUCGCUUGUCACCAGCCCCGGGACCUGAACUCUACCAAGUGGGGCUGGCCCCUGGGGACUGUGAGGGGUGUCUGGCCAGGGCCCAGGGCUGGGCCAGGUACCCAGUGGGCACACACUAAACGCAGGCCAUUAAAGAAGCAGGUGUGCGUGCAUAUGUGAGGAAGGGGAGGGCCAUCCUAGGACACACCUGUGCCUAAGCGUGUCUGCGUGUGAAUGCGUAGGUCUGCGUGCAUGUGUGUGGGACGGAGUCACACAUUUAUAGGCUGUCAGCGCUGGGGGGACCUCAGAAUCAUCUGUUCCUUACACUCAUUCAUGCAUUCAUUUCACAAAUACUAUUGACCAUUUCUUAUGAGCCAGUGCUAGCAGAUUCCAGAAUCACUUGAACACGUCUCUGGCCUCAGGAGGUAACAGUCCUGUGGUCUGGUUCCUUGCUGUCCAUACAGAACCACACUUUAUCUUGCUGGUAAAGACCCAUCCCCACCCUUUGCUCAGGGAUUCGGAUUCAGUAGGUCUGGGUCAGGGUCACGGAUAUGUAUUUUUAAAGCAGCCUGGGUCACUGAUGUGCAGUUAAUGGGUGAAAACCUCGCAUCAGGUGGAUGUGACUUGCCCUGGGACUGAUGCUUACAAGCUUGGCCUUGAGUGGAUUAUUUGACCUCACUGAACAUGUAUCCUUAUUUCUAAAACCAGAAUAAAAGGCAGAGGCGUGCCUGCGUUUGUGCAUA